AUGCCGCCCGCACCGCCGUCCCCUCCCCUGUCCUACACCACGGCCCCCGCCGUCCUCCCCUACACCCUCCGCUUCCACCCCUACCGCCCGUCCUCCUCGCCCCACCACACCCACCGCCUCUGCGUCAGCGCCGCCGUCCUCGCCCCGGCCCCGGCCGCACCCUCAACCUCCGCAGGGGGCGCCGCCGCCACCCCCAGGAUCCUCCUCCUCCGCCGCUCCGCCCGCGAAAAGGCCCUCCCGCACCGCUGGGAGCUCCCCGGCGGCGGCGCCGACCCCCCGGACCGCGACGCCCUCGCCGCCGCCGCCCGCGAGCUGUGGGAGGAGACGGGGCUGCGCGCCGCCCGCUUCGUCGCCCUGGUCGGCUGCUACCAGUGGGAAGGCGCCGGGCCCGGCGUCCCCGCGACGGCCGUCCCGGGCGACCAGGGCUGGGGCCUGGCAGACGGCGGCGUGGGCGUGGGUGUCGUGGAGGCCUCGUCCGCGGCAGCCAACACAAAAGAAGCCGACACGAUGGCAGCAGAAGCAGCAGGCGCCGCCGCAGGCCGCGACACGUGGCGCAAGUACACCUACCUCGUCGAGGUCGAGGCCGCGGCGGGCGAGGAGGGGGCCGCCGCCGAGGUGGUCGUCGACCCCGAGGAGCACGACGCGUUCGUCUGGGCCACGGAGGAGGAGGUGCGCGCCGGCCGGUGCGGCCGCGUCGUCUUCGAGUGGACCUCGGACGCCCAAAGGCUGGACGUGUUGAGGGCUUUCGAGGUCGCGAACAGGAAGCGUUGA